AUGACUCCUGAUGACUUCUCCAAUCUCAUUUCAAAACUAUCUCAUAAUCCUGACAAGAGGCUGGCUACUCUCCGCCGCGUUCGCGAUAUCGCCUUGAGUCAGCAAAACAACGACCAACAACAAAUUCGAAGCGUAGCUCAAUGGAACCGCUUCCACAACUUCUUUGAUGCUGCAAGCGAACUUUACCGUGAAAAGGUCACGUCUCUCGUCACAUCCGGUUGCGCCGAGACGGAGGAUGACCAAGCAUGGGCAAGGUUCCUCUGUCUCGCCGCCGGUACAACCUCUCUAAAUGUCCUCUCCGAUUCACAUUGGCGUCGCGAAGUUAUCCAUGAAACAGACGCGUGGCUACGUGACAAUCCUGACGCCACAACUCACAGACACAACGCGGCGCUUGAAACUCUCUCUAUUCUCAAGUAUGCGACCCUCCCGAGCCCUGAGGAGGCCAUCUUUUGUUCCGCUAGAAGGGCCAAGACGCUGGUUGACGCCGGCACCGUCUUGGUGCUGAGAGAUCAACAAAAGUUUGCUUGGGGUGGUCAGCCUAUCGAGGGAUUCUUCAAGAACCAUGUGGCGUAUUGGCCAGAGGACGACAAGAAGAUCCGCGUCACCAUCCUGGACCUACCAGCGGACGGGCCUCUGACACGUCGCAAAACCGUUCAACAGGUGACGGAAAAGAUACUACACGGCUCUCCUGCAAAUCAACGCUGGAAUAUUCUAGAUCUCAAAAACACCGCCGACGUCCCUCAUCCGGAAUUCCUGGGCACACCAAACUGCGCGCUCCUCCAUUGCUUUCCUCUCGAUAUUGACAGGAAGGGUAACAGGCUGGUACGCACACAGACUAUGAAAUUUAUAUUAUUAAGUGAAGGCGGGAACCACACUCCUAUGCAUGUCGAUAGCCACGGUCUGGCAACAUUCAUAACUGUACAACAAGGCGAAAUCGGUUUUGGCUGGAUUGCUCACGAAACGCCUCAAGAUCGGCUCGAUAUUCACAAGGAACAAAUUCCCGAUUCUCUUAAACGAAAAGCUCGCUAUUUGGUCCUACGACCAGGACAAACAGUUUAUAUGCCCUCUGGUACGAUACAUUUCAUCUUUCGCCGAGAAAAUAUCCCUACCAUGGCAACGGGUGGACAUGUUCUCACGUGGAAGAGCAUUCCGAAAUGGCUAUCGAUCAUGAAGAUGCAAGAACUAAGUCAGGAAGCCGUUGAUGACGAUGUCACAACGGACUCCGCUCGGGCUUAUAUUGACAUUUUGAAUAAAAUUGUGCGGCAAGAUAGGGAUAUCCCGGACAGUGAGAGGAGAGUGAUCCGGUCAAUAAUCAAUAAUUGGGAUAAUAUUACAGAAGAAGACCUUUUGAAUGAUCAACAGAGUUGA